GAGGGCUACUGCAACCCAGACUAAUCAACCCACUGGUAGAAAAUGUCAGAGGGUCUCGGAGUCCUGCCUCUUCUCCUUCUCUUCCUGGCGGAAGCCUGCCUAGGCCCUGGAUGCCAGGCCCUGAAGAUAGACAUCCCACCAUCAGUGACAGUGAACGUGGGGGAUGAGGCCCGCCUCGUCUGCAAGCACAAUGGCAACAAACCUAAUAUCACGUGGUGGUACGGUUUUGUGUACAACUCCAACAUCUCCAUCCCCUCAGUGUUUAUGGGUUCUGGUCAGGGGCUCAGAGGUGAUGAGCUGGUCAUCCCCAAUGUAAACAAGAGCCACAGGGGCCUCUACAGAUGCCACGUGGAAGAAAACGGCAAGAGAAAAUUCUCCUGCGGCACCUACCUCCGAGUGCGUAAGCCAGUCCCUAGACCCUUCCUGGACAUGGGGGAAGGCACCAAGAACCGUAUCAUCACAGCCGAGGGCAUCAUCCUGCUGUUCUGUGCAGUAGUGCCAGGGACAUUGCUACUAUUCAGGAAGCGGUGGCAGAACGAGAAGUUUGGUGUGGACAUGCCAGAUGACUAUGAAGAUGAAAAUCUUUAUGAGGGCCUGAAUCUUGAUGACUGCUCGAUGUAUGAGGACAUCUCCAGGGGACUCCAGGGCACCUACCAGGAUGUGGGCAGUCUCCACAUUGGAGAUGUCCAGCUGGAAAAGCCGUGACUGACAUCCCCCAUCCUGCUGUGCUGUCUGUCCCCACCUGCCAUAUCCCUGCCUCACUUCUCUUCCCCUGCAGUCUCCCCUUCCCAGUUUUUGUCCCUCCAGAGUGACACCCCACCCUACUCUCCCACCUAACCUUGUCCUUCCCCAAGUCUGUCCCGGGUUCCCUCUCUAGUGGGUAAUGAGCCCUUAAUCGCCGCCUCUAGGAGAGCUGAUUACAGCAGCCUCGUUAGUGUCACCCCCUCCUCCCAGAUCUGUCAUGGCCACUUAAGUGCUAAUAAAU